AUGGAUGCCGAUUUCAAAUGCACAACCCCCAAGCGUGGCCAAUGGCAGACCUUCAAUGACGAUGAGGAAGAAGAAGGGAAACCCCUGUUGCUCUCCGCUCUCCCCACAUCCUCCUCCUCCGACGACGACUUCGAGUUCCAGGUCUUGACCGGAGGGGGGCUGCACCCGGCUGCGGCCGGUGACAUGUGCUGCGCCGAUCAAGUGUUCCGUAAUGGACGGAUCCUGCCACUUCAUCCCGUGGCGAGAGGUCUUCUCUCUAGCCGGUCUGAGGACUGCGUCGGCCGUUGCUCGACGACGACGACCGUUUCGACCGGACGCCCUGACACGAGCUGGAGUAACAGCGGCGGGAGCAGCAGCAGCAGCAGCAAACGGAGCAGCAACUGCGUCAGCCGGAGCCACUCGUCCGCCAGCAGCAGCGCGUACUCCAACAACUUCUACGCGCACCCGAGCCCGAAGCCGCAGCUGCAGCACGCGAGGAGGGCGACCGCCGCCAGGCGGAGGAGCGCCAGCUCGGCGCCUCGCGGGUGGGGAUUCCUCCGGCCAGGCCUCAUCAGGGCGCCGCCACCGCAAGCAGAAUUACGCGAAUUGUGGCCGCGGCGGUCGCUCAGCGGCCACUUCGUCGGCCUGAAGGGCCAUGCGGCAGACGCGGCGAAGCUGGUUAGUUCAUCGAGUGGCAGCAGCAGCACUUCGUCGUCUAGGAGAUUUGACGUCGAGAAGAAGGUGACGCGGCUCGUCGGACUCGGGUUCAACUGCAAGACCUCGCUUGACGCGGUGGAGCCGAGCCCAUUAUCAUCUAAAGGGAAGGGCGAGAAGCAGAAGAAGAAGACGACGGCGACGGAGGAAGAGAAGAAAUUGAGAAGAUCCGAAAGUGUGUCGAGGAGUAGGAUUUUCGAGUGGUUGGAGGAACUUCGCAUUGCCAAGUUCGCGGCCACACGAGACGGCGACGGCGGGCAUUGA